AGACAGAUUGAUAGACUCAAUUUAUAGACAAGUUUAUGGUCUAGGCCGAUUCAAAUGAUCAGCAAAAGACUGUAGUCUAGCCUAGAAUUCGCAGAAAAGGAUCAAAUAAUUGACUCUGUUCAUUGUAGGUCAACUAUAAAUUGCAAUAUUUCGCCAUACAUAUACAUACAUAACUGCACAAAUUGAAAGAAUGACAACAGCAACAGCAACCAGUGCUAUUGAUCCUUUAAUAGACUCAGUGACAUGCUCAAUAUGUUUAGAGGUGCUGGAUGAUCCUAGAUCUUUGCCAUGUAUGCACAGUUACUGCAGGAAAUGUAUACAGAGUACAAUGGACAAACAUCAGCAUAAGAACGAUUUUCCUUGCCCAAACUGCAGGGACCUUUGCCCAAUACCUGAUCAAGGGGCUGCAGGAUUAAAGGUGAACUUUUUCGCUAAUUCUGUUUUGGAUGCGGUUAAGGAUCGUUCUGCAGCAUCGAGAGAUGCUUUGAAUUGUGAUAUCUGUCUGCAAGUUGAUGAGCAUGUUCCUGCCAUAUUAAAAUGUCUGGAAUGCAAUGAAAAGCUUUGCAAAUCAUGUGGACGUGCACAUAAAUUGUCGCGUUUCACAAAGUCGCAUCAGGUGCUAGUGUUAAGUGGCGACAGUUCCCGAGAUGCUAAAACAGCAAUAGACAUGUUAUCCCAGCGAACUUUAUACUGUGAAGUACACACCAAAGAACCAUUGAAGUACUUCUGUCAAAAAGAUCAGCGUCUUAUCUGUCAAGAUUGUUUUGCGUUCAAACACCAAGGUCACCCUUUGGAGGACAUUGAACAAACUGCGAAAGCAAACUUAAAGAACUUGAGCGCAGUAAUUGACCUUGGAAGGCAAAGGUCAGCAAAGUAUGAAGUGGGAAUACAGGCAGGUCAUAUCCGCAAGCAAAUGAUUGAAAGAAAGAAACAAGUUACUAAAUCUAGGAUUGCAACUGAUCGAAAGAUUGAAAUUGAUAAAGUAAAUGCCCGGUUUAACAAAAUGGAGAUAGACACUAUUGCAGCUGCCAGUUCAGCAACAAAGAGCAUUGUUGUUCAUUUGGCUGAAUUCCAAUUCAACAAAAAUGCAAUUGAUGGUACUGUUAAACAGUUAGAAGCUCUGCAAGAUCACGGCCACCCAGCUGAUAUUGUCAACAUGAUUCCGGAGAUGAACAGUAAGUGUAACCUAUGGUCCAUCCCCCCUGAGGUUGAUUUCGAAGUGUCUGUUGAUAAUGAUCCUCUAGCCACACAUGUCAAAGAAGAAUAUGUUCAGAAACAUCAGGUUGUGGAGGAAUUUCUGGACAUUUGUAUUCUCCCAAAUGAUGAUAUUGUUAAAAUUGAUGAUGGUAAGGCGGAUAUAUAUGAUGACGAGUUAAAACCAAAAUGUACCAUUAACUUCCCAAAAAUCACUGGUGCUUGGAAUAAAGUAAAAGGUGACUGCUUUGCUACUUGUAAUGGAGGAACACGCUUAAUUUCAAUCUGUAUCUACAAUUUGAAAAACGGGAAACUCAAAAGAAAGGUGUUUUUGCAAAGUCCCAUCAACAAUCUUCACGAUUUUGCAAUGAAUCAUCUGCUAGAGUUUGUCAUAUUGACAAAAGAUUUCACUAUAUUCCGGGUAGAUUAUAACGGAAAGUUGUUGAGUCAAGCAACAGUCGAUGGAAAUUUGGACACAUUUCGAGGAGGGUCAUCAAACAUGGUAGUUAACAGCAAGAAUAGAAUCAUCAUGUCUUACAAUGGGGGUAUCGCAGGAAUUGAGCUACAUGGAAGUUCAGCAGUUAUGUUAUUUUGGCACAAACCUACUGAUAUAUCAAUAUAUCACAUGCGUCCUUGUGUUGAUGAUAAAGAUAACAUCAUUGUUAUAAACAAUGACAAAAAUACAGUGGAACUUCUAACGCCAGAUGGUAUUUACAUCAAGGACUUGAUCGAAGCAGACACAACAGACUGUAAGGUUGACUUUGCAGAGCCCAAUUCAAAGGGAGAGUUGAUUUUAGGAGCUAACCACGAAGGAACCCGUCAGAUGUGUAUCUUCACACUGAAGUAUAGAGGACAAGAUGGUUCAUUCCUUUGAGGACGUGGACUGUUAAUCAUAAAACAUUUAUCAGGGUUUAUUUGAAAAUCCCAUCUCUGGCUGUUAAUGGCAAUCACUUUUGAAAUUCACUCUUUGGGAGUGGACUGAAUGCCAAUAUGGCAAAAUGAGGCAAUCAUAUUUUCAAACUAUGUUGUGAACCCUGACGUCUGUGCCAAAAGUAUGAGACACCGAUCGAGUCACUAAACAGACUAUUAUCAGCACUUAGGCCUUUGUGACAAAGUGUAUUAGUUUGAUAAGAAAAAAUCUUUAUUCAUUAUACAUUCAGCUGUAAAUAUUGAACUGUAAAUAUACGUUUUUUUGGGUUACUUUUUAAUGUCUGCAUGAAACUUAAUGUUUGAAAGUUUCUUCUAUUCAAUUUGGUAUUUAAAAAAUAAUUCAAAUCAAAAAAGUAUAUUCAAUUAUAGUACCGUAUGUGCAUUACAUUUAAAGGCCUUUUGAUUAAAGGGCCAAUAGUUGCGCAUGUUAAUAACUGAAUAAUUUUCAUUAUCCCAUCGUUGAAGUCAAUUCUGUAUUCUUUCAAUAUAUUCAUGAUAUUUGGAAAUCUUUGGAAAAAAUAAUAUCUGUGGAAUAUGGAGAAUAUUCCACAGAUCACCUUUUCCACAGAUUUGAAAACUCUCGCCAAUGUGACGUGCAUUGCUACAUGGUUACAUGUUAUAUGCUUA